AGUAAAACGUCUGGAGUUAGAAUUAGUCGUCGUCAUGGGGAUUAAAAUAAUCUUGCUUUCAGUUGUAAUGGCACAUACGUGCACUGCCACCAUCAACGAGAGUAAUGUAAGCAGCUUUGAAGAGGCUGAUGAUCCGAUAGAUUACAACGACCUUUCUGAUGAACUUUAUAUAUGGGAAAAUCCGGAAACAAAUCCUGACUCCGGUUCGCCUGCUUCAUCUUACAACAAAACCUUUAAUCGGAGUUCUUCAACAAUGCCUACUACAUUGUGUUUUGUGCUCGUUACAGUUCCUCCCUUUUGUCCGGGUGGGUUUUUAAGAAAAAAGAAGCCGCGAGCAUCAAAAAAGACCAAUACAUCAGAAGCAGCAGCAUAUAGUCACAACACUACAGUAAUCCCUGAAAUAUUUAACAUCUCAGACGAGGCUGUUCUCUUCCUCAAAGGCUUGAUGGUCACACGCGUCAUGCCCUCGUUCUACAUCUUCAUCACCCUCAUUAGUUUGCCCCUGAACGCUUUGGCCUUGGUGACGUUCACCUGUAGGAUUCGAGAGAAGAAACCAGCUGUGAUCUACAUGUCUCACCUGGCGUGUGCGGACCUGCUCUUCACCCUGCUGCUGCCUCUGAAGAUCCACUACCAGCUGAACGCUUCAGAUUGGGUGUUCGGUGAGGCGGCGUGUCGUGUGCUCAGUGCUGCUUACUACUGCUACAUGUACUGCUCCAUACUGCUGAUGAUGUGCAUGAGUGUGGACAGACUGCUGGCCGUGGCGCUUCCCAUCGCCUCUCUAACCUGGAGGAGUGCAAGGAAAGCCACGUGUGUGUGUGUGCUGGUCUGGCUGCUGGCGCUCGCUGGGACGGUGCCACUUCUCUCAAUGACACAAACGGUCAAGAUUAGGGAUGUGGGCAUCACUUGUCAUGACGUGCCGGAUCAAACACAGAAGUAUGUGUACCUGUUCUCCAUCCUCUCCUGCCUCUACUUCUUCUUGCCACUGGUUGUCACCUUAGUGAGCUCCUUUACCAUAAUAUAUGUGCUCAGUGUAAAGUCUAAUCGCUUAGCAAAAUCUUCAUCAUCUUCAGACAACCGAAGGAGAGCUGUGAUUAUGGUUAUCACCGUGCUGAUGGAGUUUGUGGUGUGUUUCGCUCCAACCAAUGGCAUCCUUUUGUAUCACUGUGUUCGUUUAGCUACUGGAGGGGAGGGAGAUUCAUCAUAUGCUGCUUACCUGUUGGCUGUGUGUUUGGGGAGCGCAAGUGUUUUCCUGGACCCUCUACUGUACUACUACGGCUCGUCUCAGUGCAGACAGCAGAUCAGAUCUGUGUUUUGGGGCAGGAAGGCAAAACGAGCGAAAACGUCAUCAAACAUAUGAAAUGCUCUCAGUACAGCUGCACAGUGACAAUACAAAACAAAAUGUACAAAAUGAAGUGGAUAUCUUUUAAAACAACAACAACUAUAUUAUAACUUGACAAGUUUUCUAUAUUGUAUUUAUCUGCCAGUAUUAACCGAUAUGAAAUGAAGUCUUGCUGUUGGUGUUCAAUUUCUUUGUAUGCACUCAUAUAUUAU